AAUGAUUCUGUCAUUAAUAUCUAUCACACCAUUUCAUCCAAAAGGAAAAUCAUGGUUCAUCUGGCUGUAUUGGUUCUGGUCGUCAUUGGUCAGCUGGUCAGUGCUGACCAACAGCAGCAGCUGGCACUGUCUGCAGCCACAUCCGGGUUUUCACAGAGAUUGUACCAGAAGGUGGCGCUAGACAAGCCAAACGUCAUCUACUCACCUUACAGCAUCCACUCCGCCCUGACGAUGACGUCACUGGGUGCCAAGGGAGACACCGCCACGGAGAUGGCACAGACGCUGGGACUUACCUCCCUUGGCUCCUCAGCCCAUCUCGCCUACCAGGAGCUUAUCACUGACCUCAACGCCGUGAAAGAAGUUGCCCUUCACACCGGAAACGCCAUCUUUGUCAACCCUUACGACCCAAUCGUCCCCCAGUUCACAGAAGAUGUCACGAACGACUACUUUGCCAAGACGGAGAACUUUGACUUAUCUGCCCCUGCGGGUCCCGAAAAAGCCGUCAACGAUUACAUCGCUCAAGCUACGGAGAACAUGAUCCAGAAUGUUCUGCCCCAAGGAAGCAUUGAUGCCAGCACUGUGAUGGUACUUGUCAACACCAUUUUCUUUAACGGCACCUGGGCCUCCCAGUUCCCCAAAUACAAGACACAGAAGAAAGACUUCCAUCAAGUUGGUGGUGCCGUCAGCCAGGUGGACAUGAUGCAUGACGACAAAACCAUAAAAAUCAAGAGAGACAACUCCAACAAAGUUGACGUUGCUGAGCUGCCAUUCAAGGGAGGACGAUUUAGUUUGUACAUAGCCCUGCCACAACAGGUGGAUGGUAUCACUGACUUAGAAACCCUAUUGGCGACGCCAGGAAAAGUCGACGAACUUUUCACCGGUCUGAGCUACACCCGACUUCAGCUCAGCAUCCCGAAGUUUAAGAUCGAGACAACCCUGAGCUUAAACCAACCCCUGAAGGAUCUAGGCAUGGUCAAGGCUUUCAGUCCUAUGGGAGCUGACUUCACUGGUAUCAGUACUGGAGCACAAAUCUUCAUCAGCCAGGUCCUGCACAAGGCCAUGAUUGACGUCACAGAGACUGGAACCGUGGCCGCCGCCGCCACCGUCAUCGGCAUCGUAUCCCUCGCCAUCAUGUCUCCCCCUGCCGAGGUCUUCAACGCCGACCACGCCUUCGCCUACUUCCUGCGCGACAACCAGACCGGGCAGAUCCUCUUCCAAGGAAAAUUCUCCGGUUAAACUUUUUGUUUAGACUAAUGUUCUUUUUGUCUUGUCGAAUCGACAUUGGUGGAAAUAUUCUGAAAUAAAGGUAUACGGAAAAUGCGAUUAAAAGCUGUUGAAAAGUUAAUAA